GUUUCUACUCACCUGGGCACGUAGCCCUGUUAUUCAAGUGCGGCCCUUGGACCAGCAAUGGAGGCAUCACGGGGGGUGUAGGGGGGGUGUGGAAAUGCAGAUUCCCGAGCCGCUCGCCUACUGAAUUAGAAUCUGCAUUUUAAUACGAUCCCCAGGCGAUGGUAUUCACAGCCCACCUGCCCUUCCAAGUGCCAACCUCGCCAUGGCUCCCGGAGAGAAGAUCAAAGCCAAGAUCAAGAAGAACCUGCCGGUGACAGGGCCUCAGGCGCCCACCAUCAAGGAGCUGAUGCGCUGGUACUGCCUGAACACCAACACCCACGGCUGCCGCCGCAUCGUGGUGUCCCGUGGCCGGCUCCGGCGCCUGCUCUGGAUCCUCUUCACGCUGACCGCGGUGGCCCUCAUCUUCUGGCAGUGCGCCCUCCUUGUCCUCUCCUUCUACACCGUGUCCGUCUCCAUUAAAAUCCACUUCCAGAAGCUGGACUUCCCUGCAGUCACCAUCUGCAACAUCAACCCUUACAAGUACAGCGCCGUGAGGCCCCUUCUAGCCGACCUGGAACAGGAGACCAGAGCGGCCUUGAAGACCCUCUAUGGCUUCUCGGAGAUUGAGUCUCGGAAACGCCGAGAGGCUGAGCCCUGGAGCUGGGCAUGGGAGGGCGCCCAUCCUCGAUUCCUGAACCUGAUCCCAUUGCUGGUCUUCAAGGAAGGUGAGACCAACACGGCCACCGACUUCCUCACCGGGCGGAAGCGGAAAGUCAGUGGAAACAUCAUUCAUAAGGCAUCGGACGUCGUGCAUGAGUCCAAGGAGGUGGUGGGCUUCCGGCUGUGUUCGAACGACACAUCCCACUGUGCCGUGUACACCUUCAGCUCAGGGGUCAACGCCAUCCAGGAGUGGUACAAGCUGCACUACAUGAAUAUCAUGGCACAGGUGCCCCUGGAGAAGAGAAUCGACAUGAGCUACUCUGCCCAGGAGCUGCUGGUCACCUGCUUCUUUGACGGCGUGUCCUGCGAUGCCAGGAACUUCACGCUUUUCCACCACCCGAUGUAUGGGAAUUGCUACACAUUCAACAAUAAACAAAACGAGACUAUCCACAGCACCUCCAUGGGAGGCAGCGAAUAUGGGCUGCAGGUCAUCUUGUACAUAAACGAGGAGGAGUAUAACCCCUUCCUGGUGUCCUCCACGGGGGCUAAGGUGAUCGUCCAUCGGCAGGAUGAGUACCCCUUCAUCGAGGACGUGGGGACAGAGAUCGAGACGGCGACAGCCACCUCCAUAGGGAUGCACCUGACGGAGUCCUUCAAGCUGGGUGAGCCCUACAGCCAGUGCACGGAGGACGGGAGUGACGUGCCCAUCAAGAACAUCUAUAACGCUGUGUACUCCCUCCAGAUCUGCCUGCACUCAUGCUUCCAGACCAAGAUGGUGGAGAAAUGUGGGUGUGCCCAGUACAGCCAGCCUCUGCCUCCGGGAGCCAGCUACUGCAACUACCAGCAGCACCCCAACUGGAUGUAUUGCUAUUACGAGCUACACCAGGCCUUUGUCCAGGAGCAGCUGGGCUGCCAGUCGAUGUGCCGGGAAGCCUGCAGCUUUAAGGAGUGGACACUGACCACGAGCCUGGCGCAGUGGCCAUCUUUGGUUUCCGAGAAAUGGCUGCUGCGCGUUCUCACGUGGGACCAAGGCCAGCAAAUAAAGAAAAAGCUCAACAAGACAGACUUGGCCAAGCUCUUGAUAUUCUACAAAGACCUGAAUCAGAGGUCCAUCAUGGAAAGCCAGGCCAACACCGUUGAGGUUCUUCUGUCCAACUUCGGCGGCCAGCUGGGCCUGUGGAUGAGCUGUUCCAUCGUCUGUGUCAUUGAGAUCAUUGAGGUCUUCUUCAUCGACUCCCUCUCUAUCAUCGCCCGUCGCCAGUGGCAGAAAACCAAGAAGUGGUGGUCCCGGAGGCAGGCGCCCCCCUGCCCAGAGGCUCCCCGCACCCCUCAGGGCCGGGACAACCCAGUCCUGGACAUGGACGAUGACCUGCCCACCUUCACCUCCGCUCUGCGCUUGCCGCAAGCCCUAGAGGCCCAGGUGCCCGGCACACCACCCCCCAGGUAUAACACCUUGCGCUUGGAAAGGGCCUUCUCCAACCAGCUCACAGACACGCAAGUGCCGGCUGAGUCCUGAGGCAGAUGGGGAAGAAAGCUAUCGCCAGGACCACCAGCCACGGCCUGAGAACGUGGGCCCUGUCUCCUGCACACAGAGGACAUCCCCACUGUGCUUCUCAGAGACAUCAACUAAAAGUCUGUUUUGAACAACAAGAUAGGGGCCUGGACGUGUGCAGGGGACCUGUUGGACCCUGCCCAGCCACACUCAUAGCCACCUGGGGUGACGUAGGUCCUGCAGCCCCAAGCCCUUAGCACAUCACCUGCGGAGAGAUGGGGGCUGAGGAAACGGUGGUGACCUGGACAAAGGCCACAAGUGAAGUGAGUUCUUCGUCAGAACUUGAGAGAGAAAGACUCCAAAGCCUCCAGCCGGGCUGGGGCUCAAGGAUGUGCCCUUAGGCACGGAGCAGGCAGCUGGCUCUGCCUGGUGCCAGUCAGGAGGACGCCCGAGGCCUGGGGCUGUUUGUGAAUGAACUUCUUCUCAUUGGCACUGGGUCAAGGUCUCCUCAGGCAGGAGCUGGCCCCAGGUCCUGGGAGCGUGCAGGGGGGAAGGGUGCAGUGGGGUGUGGGGGGGGACCCUGGGAUGUGAUAGGAGACACUCACUCUGGGGAUGGGGCUGCUAAGCCUGUGCCCUGGGCCCCUUUCCCCAAGCACAGAGGAGCCAGCUAGAGGGCAGCGCUGGACAUGGCUGUCCAGGGGUAGCCUUAGGCAUAAAGGCUUUCUGAUCAGCUGCUGUUUCUCCUGUGCAGACAUCACCAACGUUCUGCCCCUCACCAACGAGCCAACCACUGCAGACAACUCACUUCCUCCCAUAUUCACGCCACCAACAGGACCAUAGCUAAGUGCAGAUUGGGUGUUCAGUGUCAGCUCCCAAACAGCGCUGGGUGUCCUAAUCACUUACAGAGAUUGGUGAGGGGACUGCCCAUGAGGACCCUCAGGCCAAAUCCUGUUUCUGCCUGUGACCUAAGAACCGGAUCCCCCCCGACACACACACUUUUCAAUGGUUCAAAAUAUCAAAAGGAGAAAAUAUUUUGUGACUCAUGAAAACUCAAGGAGGUUCCAACGUCAGUGUCCAUGAAUAAAGUUGUAUUGAGACACAGCCA